GCCACUUACGCCAUCUGCUGGUAGUAGAAACAACGACGAAUCAUAACAAGCAAAGGGGUAGCCUAGUUAAUGACCGAAUAUAUUUUCACUCUACAACAUGAAGAGAAAAAGACCGUUUGAAGGAGAACUUCCUCAGGAAGCUGUAAAAACAAAACGGCCGAAAUCUCAAGUAAAACUAAGCGACCCUGAUCGUGAUAUAGUAGGUAAUGAUUCCCAGCAUAAACGCAAAGACUCCGCCGUGCCAUUAGCUUCAAAAAGUUCGAGGAAGAAAAACACAAAAUCGCAAGUAACUAUAUCUGAUACAUCCAAUUUAGAGAAACCUAGCAGUAACAAAAUGAGCAAGGCUAAGGGUGAUAUUAUCGACAAUGCAAUGACAAAAUACAUUCCAACAUCUUGCGAGUCUCCAAGGGGUCGGGGCAUAAGUGAUUUAAAAAGAGUAAGAGCAUCAUCUUAUUCUCCCUCAGAUUUACGGCCACUAGGGGACUACUUGAAGAAAACCAAAAAUUCAAGGAAAAAUGCUGCUACAACACAAGAAAAUUCAUCAUCACAAAACAGUCAAAAUACCAAAAAGAAAAAGUCUGUAAAGAAAGUGUCGUUUACCAAUAAAGAUUUUGAGAAAAAUUUAGAUUCUUCAGAAUCUGACUCAUCGACGAAUGAAAGAACGAAAACUAAGACUACACCAUAUGUUGAAUCUACCAAGAAUGGUACUGAUUCCAAUUUAAAACUCACCACUGUCAAUGCAGGCAGCAAAAAAGCCAAAAAGAAAGUGAGAAUUGAUGAAACCGAAAGUCUCAAAGUCAAAAGGGAAAUGGCCGAAGCAGAAACGCAUUUUUCAGCAAAAGAACUGCCAGCAAAAAUUAUAAAGUCAAAGUUAAAUAAGAAUUUAACUGAAGAAGUUAAAGUUUCUCCUUUAACAAUUCAGGAUGUAAAAAAAGAUAAAAACCUUUUCAAAAAAAAUGUGUCCGGCAAUAAACACAGCGAUAGAGAAGAUAAUUGUCUGCUUAAUACAGACGUAAAGAUCGAUGACUUGUACCCAGAAACAGGAUUUCCAAGUGGACUGGAACUAGACACCACAUCUGAAGACUCCGAUUUAGAAGUGUACUACAUCAAUAAAAAUGCAGAGAAAGAAGCAAAAAGAAAGUCUAUUGAUAAUAAGCAAACUAUAAAGAUGCCAAAGGAGGACCAACUUAUUUUAGCAGAAAGAAUGCAAAAUUUUAUUCCAGAUGGUGACACGAAAAGCUACAAAUAUCGUCUACGAAACUUAGAAUGGGGCAAAAUAACUUUCAAGAAUUAUACUCUUGAAGAAUGUCAGACAGUAUGGACGCAGUUGCUCAAAAAAGUCCGACAUUACCGUCUACUAGUCGAAAUUACUCACGAUAUAAAGCGAGUAAUUGAACGUGUAGACAUGCAGGAAUUAAAACCCCGCAGAUCAAAAUCCAGUCACUUACAUCCAGACAUGCCGAAAAGACCACUUACCUCAUAUUUCUUGUACUAUAUAAGAAAGAGGGACAAACUUGUGAAGGAAAGGCCAGAUCUUGACACCACGGAGCUAAAUAGAUUCAUAAGUGAAACAUAUCAGAACUUGCCAGUGGACAAGAAACAGAAGUAUGAAGUUUUAGCAGCCAAAAACCGUGAAGAAUAUAAGAAGCAGUUGGAAGAAUUUUAUUCGAAGCAUCCAGAAAUGCGUAAAGUUGUAAUUAAAAAACAACGCAAGAAUGAAAAAGAAAAACCUCCGAAAAGGCCUGAAAAUCCCUAUAGACUCUUUAUUAAAGAGGAACAAAACCGAGAGGAAAUUUUGGAGGAAGAUAAAGCAGAGUUUAAAGAAGUAUGCAGGGAAAAAUGGAACCAAAUGUCGGACGAAAAAAAAUUGGUGUGGAUAAAUUUAGCAGAAGAGCGGCACAUGGAUUAUGAAAGAGAAAUGAAAGAUUUCAUGGCAAGGCAUCCAGAAUAUACCCCAAAAUCUGGCAGUCGUAAAUCUGUGUUAUCCCGACAAGAAGUAAUGUUAAAAGACAAACUUGCAGGUAAACCUAAAAAACCUCCUGGAACGGCUUAUGGAUUAUUCAUAAGUACGACUUUACAAAGUGGUGAAAUCGCAACUAUCCCACCUAAAGAAAGAUGGAAUUAUACAUCGACCAAAUGGAAGGCAAUGACAGACGAUGAAAGAGAGCACUAUAAAGUAUUAUUGGCACAAGUACAUGAACAGUAUCAGAAGGACUUCAAAAUGUAUUUGGAUUCAUUGCCCGAAGAUAAACAACAGGAGGAGUUUCUGAAAAAUCUUCCUAAAAAGAGAAAACGUGCUGCGGCUGAUAAAGUUUCUGGCCGAGGCGCUAAAAGAAAAACGACUGCAACCAAACCAGCAUCUUCACGACCUAAAACUACAAAACAAAAAGGAAAUCCUGUUCAGAAUCCUGUACCUCCAGCCAGGUCUGCUUAUAAGUUUUUCGCUGAAAAAUACGAAGGUGAUAAUCCAAAGGAAGCAUGGAAGAAUUUUACGUCAGAGGAAAAAGACAAUUAUGAGCGGCAGCUCAGCGUUAUAAAAGAUAAAUAUAUUAAAGAUUUUGAAGCGUACUUAAAAAGUUUGUCAAAAGAUGAACUGUCAGCUUUCUGUGCAAAUAGAGGCUCCCAAGAGGAGUACAGUAGCUCGGAAGACAGUGAAUCCGAUUCCGAGCAUGGAGAGGAAGAAUCCUCUGACAACAGAACAGCCCUUUCAGAUUCUGAUAAUGAAUCAGAAUGAGAACUAAAAGAUGUUUUUUAUUAUAAGAGUUUAGCAUAGUGAACUAUGCUCUGGGUAAGUUUGUCAGAAGCAGUGAAAAAAAUUUAUACCUGAUCUGAUAAAACAAGUUUUUUUAAAUCAUUUCCAUUCAUCAAAAUAAUUUUAGCUCCCUUUAAUGAUAUGUUUUGCGCGUUUAAACUUAAUAAUUGGCAGUUAGUGUAAGUUGGUGUCAAAUAUUGAGUUCACACAUUUUAUGUACUUAGCAAGAGCAAUAAGCUCUUAACCUCUUAUUAACAGCUAAAUUACAAAUAAACUCUUCCGGUGUUAGUUCGUCAACUCUAAGCGGAUGUGUCAUAAUGAAAAAGCAUUAUUUUACUGAAAUAUUGGAAAGUUGUGAUACUUUAAAAUCACCAAAAAAAAGGUUUGUGCAAUUUUUUUAAUCAGUUUAAAAAAUAUUUAUAUAAAGCCUUGGAACUUCACUUAGUCGAAACAACAGAUUCAAUGAAGAGAAAGGCCUAUUAAUUAAAACAAUAUUUCCGGUUUUGUAGUCCUUUUUUUAUAUUUCAGGAAUUAAUUUUUUGUUCUAUUAGUUUUCCGUCAAUGUUAAUAUUUUCUUUGCGAUUAAUUUGAAAUGGCUUAGCAGACGAUUUUUUAUUGAAGCAUUUUUCUUGUUUGUUGUUUCAUGUUUACUUGUUUCAGCCCGAACUCCCUCCCCUAAAGGGGUGGGGGGUUAGGAGCUGCAACUUUAAAUGAAAAAUGUAUUUUAUAAUGAAAUUUGUAGUUACCAGGUUACAAAAAGUAAAAGUUUUGGUCGUUCUUGAACAAAUUAAUUGUAUAAAUAGUAUUAUUAUCUAAUAAUUUCCGCAUUAAUGCGACAUAUAUGAAGUUAUGUUUCGGCCAGUUCUUUGAGAGUUGUCCAUUUCAAUCCGAUGCCAGCUUAUAUACGUUGCGUGAAUGAAAAACAAUUAAUUUAAUAUAUUGGGCGAAUGAAGUCGCUUGGAGUCCACUACAAAUUUAUUUAGCAUACUCGACGCGAUUCGGUUAUUUAUAAUAUAUAACCAUAAACAGGUAACCAGACCUAAAACUGCGUCAACGGAAUUACAGGUGGAAAAAAAGCAGGGCAUCGGGCACAUUACAAGGGUUAAAGCACAGCUAUUAUGCUCCAAUAGAGCAUAAUUUUAUGUCAUUUCUAUGUUAAAUAAAUGUAUAGUGAACUUCAAACGACUCUUCAUUCACCCAAUAUGUUAUCAAGCCACUACCUCGGAUUCAAACAAAAUUUAAUUAAUUUAAGGACAUAAAUGUGUUUAAUUACUUUGCUUAAAGAUGACAAAUGUCGCUAUUAUCAGUUGUAAAAUAUUUUUCUGUAAACAUCGGAACUUUACAAACACGCUGUGAUGUUAUCGUUUAUUUCAGCUAUGCUAAGUUUAUACUUGAUAUUUACGUAAUAGAAUAUUCAUAGAUUUAUUGGUGUGAAACUAUCUGUAACUUCGUAUUGAAUAAAACAAUAUAAAGUGUU